GGUCGGAGGACUCUAGAGUCUGUGGUGUCGCGGGGAGUGAAGCUGGUCGUUGCGACUGUGUUGCAGGAAGAGAGAGGCGCCUGAAGCUGCAGGGACGCGGCGGAGCACUGAGACCGGCCGAACGUCAUGGAGGGCUCAGGAGAACAUCCGAGCCCACAGGCCCCGUAUCCCGGGGAUAACCGCAUCCACGACGGCGACUUUGUGGUGCUGAAACGGGAAGAUGUGUUCAAAGCAGUGCAGGUCCAGCGGAAAAAAAAAGUGACUUUUGAAAAACAGUGGUUCUACCUGGAUAAUGUGAUUGGCCAUAGCUUUGGAUCCACAUUUGAAGUGACCAGUGGAGGAGGUCUUCAGCUCAAGAAGAAAAAGGAAGAGCCUACUUCAGAGACCAAAGAAGCUGGCACUGAUAAUCGAAAUAUAAUUGAUGAUGGAAAAUCUCAGAAACUUACUCAAGAUGACAUAAAAGCUUUGAAAGACAAGGGCAUUAAAGGAGAGGAAAUAGUUCAGCAGUUAAUUGAAAAUAGUACAACAUUUCGAGACAAGACAGAAUUUGCUCAAGAUAAAUAUAUUAAAAAGAAGAAAAAGAAAUAUGAAGCCGUCAUAACUAUUUUGAAGCCAUCUACCCGUAUUCUUUCAAUUAUGUAUUAUGCAAGAGAACCUGGAAAAAUUAACCACAUGAGAUAUGAUACACUAGCCCAGAUGCUGACCUUGGGAAAUAUCCGUGCUGGCAAUAAAAUGAUUGUAAUGGAAACAUGUUCAGGCUUGGUGCUGGGUGCAAUGAUGGAACGAAUGGGAGGUUUUGGCUCCAUUAUUCAGCUCUACCCUGGAGAUGGACCUGUUAGGGUAGCAACAGCAUGUUUUGGAUUUCCCAAAUCUUUCCUCAGUGGUCUUUACGAAUUCCCCCUCAACAAAGUGGACAGUCUCCUAAAUGGAACAUUUUCUGCUGAGAUGUUAUAUGCAGAGCCAAAAGACAGUGCAUCAGUUGAAGAAAGUAAUGGCGCACUUGAGGAAAAGCAGAAUUCUAAACCAGACAAUGAAGACAGCAUGGCCGAGGCCCCAGAGAGCAAUAACCCAGAACAAGAAUCGAUGGAGGUUGUUCCUCAAGAUCCAGAAUAUAAGGAGCCUAAAGAAAGAGGAAGCAAAAAAGAUUAUAUUCAGGAAAAGCAAAGGAGACAAGAAGAGCAGAGGAAAAGACACUUGGAUGCUGCUGCUCUGCUGAGUGAAAGGAACGCAGAUGGUUUAAUUGUGGCCAGUCGUUUCCAUCCCACUCCAUUGCUGCUGUCUUUGCUGGACUUUGUGGCCCCUUCAAGGCCUUUCGUGGUCUACUGUCAGUAUAAAGAGCCUUUGUUGGAAUGCUACACAAAACUGCGUGAGAGGGGAGGUGUCAUCAACCUCAGGUUGUCUGAAACCUGGCUCAGAAAUUAUCAGGUUUUGCCAGAUCGAAGUCAUCCCAAGCUGCUGAUGAGUGGAGGUGGAGGUUACCUUCUGUCAGGCUUCACUGUUGUCUUGGACAACCUUCGAGCAGACACCAGCCUCAAGUCCAGCGCGAGCACCUUAGAAUCACACAAGACUGGGGAGCCAGCAGCUAAAAGACAGAAAUGCCCAGAGUCUGGCUCGUAACUUUUCAAGAAUGGCUUUGAUUUUUGUUCUCAGGCAUUCUGCAGUUAAAACUUAAACUUUAAAUGUCAUAACUAAUUUUUUUGUCUGUAUGCGUAUUCUGAGAAUAAGAAAGUGGCUGUAUACCCCUUCCUGAGGAGAAGGAAUAGCCUUUGUCCACUUCCGACGCAGAUGUGUUUAAUCUGUCUAAACUGAAACUCAAGUAUGCAGUAGUGGAUUGGUGGGGCAAUUUUGUUUAACAAAAAUCCUCUGAGUAUUUCUAAAUACUCUGCAAAUAUCGAAUUUCAGCAUCCUGAAAAUGUAUUUGUACAAGACCUUGUUUGCAUUUUAAGCUAACUGGAAUAACGCAAUAUAGCUAAAACUUGAUGGGUACCAAAGGGAAGGAAUUUGUGGAAGAAAUUUCCUCUGCUCAUUCCAUUCUCUUCAAUAUAAGCAAUAUGAAUGUGUGAAUAUAUGAAAUUUAUAGUACCAAAAAUAUCCAUUCUAUUCCCCAGUGUAGAAUGAGCAUUUUUUAAAUGCUAGGUUCUAUUAUUCUAAUAGUUUUCAACCUGAGAAAGUUCCAAGUAUUCAUUUUA